ACUUAACCAAAAGUGACACCGAUAAAUUUUUUUUUUUACCUUUUUGUGCACAAAUCAAACAUCAUGGAUAGAGUCAAUGAAUCAGUUACAAGUGGCAUCAUACCGGAAGCUAAGAGUGCGUAUGAUCUUGAACUGUUCGGUAUCAACGAUGGGUCGUUUGUGUUGUUACAUUCCCUAGCGAUCACGUGUCUUGGCUUGAGCAUAUUGUCUGCUCUUUGCGUAAUCGUUGCUUCAACAAUGGACCGAGGACUGAAAGGGAUUUUCUCUUGGACCAAAAGUGAGCGGUUUGUUUUCUAUCUGGCUUGCACUGAAACAAUUCUUGGCAUUACCCACCUGUUAGACCACUCUCAGAUUCUAAUAACACGGGACCAUGUGCGACCUGCUGUGUUAUGUCAGGCUUAUGGAUUCGUUCUCUACACUUUUGUCUUCGCCGAGCUGUUCACUGUCAACAUAAUAGCGGUUACCAUUUUUUUUAUCAUUUAUCUACGAAAAAAAGUCGAGUACGGCUCAAGAGAUUGGAAAGUGUUUCUUUGGAUAUUUGGUUUGCCCUUUACGUCCGCUGUUGUACUUGCUUCUAUGGGACAGUUCGGAACAAAUACAACUUUGACGUCCAUCCAUGUAUGUGCCGGAGACAGGGAAUGUUGGUGUUCUUGCCUCCAUGUGAAAGCGCAGAACUCUGAUAAGAACGUUGUCAGGAUAACUUGCAUUCCAGUAAAACGUAUCUGUGCAUCUACUGUUGUAAACCACGCUAUCGUUCUAUACUGUUUGUUCGAUGCUGUGAGAGGAACGACAAGCAACAGUGUCGUCGCUAUACCAAUAAUCGUCAUCCUAAUCACCAACACUAUCCUCUAUGGUCUGACCUGGCACAGGAUAAGAAGUGAGACCCGCGAUAUCGAAGUGUCACUCGGCCCAAGAGUUGAAGCUACAAGCAGAUCUCAUCGUGCUGCUAGGAACAUGCUUUUAUUUCUGGUCGUGUACUUUAUUCAGUGGUGGCCCGCCUCUGUGCUAAGUAUUCUCGUCCUCUUCCCAAAUCCACCAUCGAUACUGACCUACUUGGUGGCAACCUUCUCAAAUAUAGGCGGAAUUCUGAACGGGGUUGUGUACUUCUUCAUCAGAAGGAGGAGUUACACCUCGAGUUGACAACACAGCCCAACAACUAAGAGGAGCAUUGCCGAGUCUUUAGUGCUGUUUCGGCAACGUUUGUUUCUCUUCGUUCACCCUGUACAGGAAUGUUUUGGUCGAUGAGCAAACUCUUGAAAAACUAUUGUACAGCUUGAGCAAGAUCUGUUUUAUAUCAUACUUUGUCGUGCCCGCUUCACGAACUCAUGAGAAUGGACUGAGUUAAGAUACCAUGACAAAGACUUUUUCUCGCGUUCGCGAGGACACAGCUCUUUAGCUGCGCCCUGCCGCGGCAAUUUCUGCUUUUUUUUUUCUCUUGCACACAAAUAUCUCUUUUUUGGAUGAAAUCAAGUUUGAUGUUGAUAUUAAAUACAUUAAUAUAUCUCUUUUCGGGUACGUUUUGAUCCGUUUCGGUCACACACAGUAUUCAAAUGUAAUUUACACCCUUUUAAAAUCUGUAUAUGUUUCGGUUUCGUUUUGGUCCGUUUCGAGCACACAUUAUUUAAAUUUAUUUUAUCCGCUUGGAAUAACUUUAUACAUUUAGUUUCGGUUCUGUUUUUUGCUCAAAGGUUAGGGCAGUGUAGCCAUCUUCAAAAAUUUCGCUAAUUUGCAAGUAGUGUUAGUGUAUUAUUUUGUAUGUACGAACAGCUCCAAAUGUGCUUGUAUAACAUUCAAAUAAAUGGCUUUUCAUAGUUGUAAUAGUUAAUUUUUGGUUACGGAUUAACUUGACUGAAGAAACUGAUUAAUACUGUUUCAGGUAGAUGGCUGGGAUCGGCCGAGAACUCUAGGUUUCUCACUCAGGUAAUCUGGCAUGACUCAGUAGCCUUUUUAGCUUCAUGAAUUAUUGUAACAUAUCCAAUGAAUAUACAUGACAUCAUUAUUGA